CCGGGCACAGCCUCUGUGCUGCUCACAGCCCCAGGGAGGCUCUGCGCCCCAUCCUAGGGUUUGCCGGCCCAGCAAACAGCCGCAUCGCCCCAUUCACAUUUGGAAUCAGGCUGCGGGGUCUGAGCAGAGCCACGGCCACCAUCCGGAGCCUCAGUGCCACCUCCCGGCGCUGCGCGGAACUCGUAACGUGUAACGGGAAUAAAGAGAAAAACAAAUCCGCCGGGGCGGUCCUGCAGCUUCGAACCAGUUGUAGCUCUUCACUGCUUUCUGCAGCCGCCUCGAGCGCUGAGCAAAAGAGGAUGCAUCUAAGGAUGCACUGACAGCACCUGAGAGCCUCUAUUUGUCCUCCGCAGCACCUGCGCUGCAUUUCCGAAUUACAGCGCUGAUGGGCUGCCUGCUCUUUAUUUGCAGCACAAGGGGAGCUCGUGUUCGGUGCUUUUUCUGGCCAGGGCCUGGUUCCUGGUGCUGUGCAGGAUGAGCAGCUCUUCCCCUGCUCUCAGGUUGCUGUCAGAGGACAGGACAGCUGCUGUGCUAUGGGGCUGUGAGCUGGGUGUGAACAGCCAGAGCUGCGUGGUGAAGGAGGACGAUGACUUCCUAGAGCACCUGGUCCUGCUGAAGACGAUCUCCCUGGGGGCCAAUGCCAGGGAUGAGUUGCACGUGGUGGCUGUGGAGUCCAAGAACACCUACGGAGACCACAAACCGGUGCCCAUCGCAUCCCUGCGUGUCUCAGUGCUCCCCAUGAUCAGUCUCAAAGGUCUGGAGUUUGUCCCUCCUGUCACCUUCAUGCUGCAGUGUGGAACUGGACCGGUUUAUCUCAGCGGGCAGCACGUUACCUUGGAAGAUGUCCCCAAGUGCAAAGUCCACAAGGAAGAGCUGUUGGAUAUGGAUGGAGAUGAUGAGGACGAUGCCAGGGCAGUGCAGGAUGGAGAAUAGUUGCAGCUCUGGAUGGGAUGGAUCCUUACACAAGGACACAACGGGCUUCUGCUUUGGAUAGAUCCUUCUCUCCAUCUCAGUCGUGUUCUGAUUGUGCUGCUGCUGAGAUGCUGUGGGUUGUGCUGCUGAGCUGUGGGUCUCAGAGCAUCCUAUUGAGCACCAUUGCCCCUUCCCUACACUGGCACCUCCCAGAUGGUCUUAAAAUGUGUGUGUUGUGUCCCCCCUGUGCAGCCCUUUUGCCAAUCCAUCUGCAGUCAUAAUGGUGGUUUU